CUUGAAACAACGACGUUUUGUUGAUGAUAAUGUAAACGACGUCGCUUCGUUGUUCCCGGCCUCGCCCUAAACCAAAAGGGGAGAGCGAAAUUCACAUCUGCUUCGAUUAACACCGGCGAUCCAGAGAUGAUAGGGGACAUAGAGAAGAUGAUCGCGGUGGGCUUAGUAUGGGGCUCUACCAACGCUAUAAUGCGCCGUGGCGCACUCAUCUGGGACCGAAAAGUCAGAUCUUCUUCAGCGCAAACAACCAAACCCUCUACACUCCACCAACGACUGCUCGCCACCUACAAAAACUGGCUCAAUCUCCUCCUGACGUGGCAAUACUCCAUCCCUUUCUUGAUAAAUUUAUCGGCCUCAGCUACUUUCUUUGCCAUCUUAAGCGACACCCCCAUAUCACUGGCGGUUCCGGUGACUAAUGCGACGACGUUUGCGGCCACUGCGGUGUCGGCCAUGCUCUUGGGCGAAGAGACUCGAGUGUGGUUGGCUUUGUUGGGUACUUUUCUUAUUGUUCUGGGUGUCUGGAUUUGUAUUAUGUGAUGCAUUUUGUGAUCAUGAACUAACCCCUGUGUUUGGUCACUGAGAAAAGCGAGAAAAGGAAAAGAAAAGAAAAGUACAUUUUGAAUUUUAUGAUUUAUGUUUCCAAGGAAACUCGCUAGCAUUAAGUGAUAUAGUUGUAUAGUAUUGUGGUUUCUUGUGUAUGAUGGAUGAAAAAGAAAUAAAUCUACGAUCAUUUCUUUGGAGGCCGAA